AUGUCUUUGGACCUGGAGAGACCAAAGCCUGUAGUGAAGGUGAGUCCAGCUAAGCGAGUGUUCACUGGAGAGACAGUCACUCUCACAUGUGACAUACAGACAGGAGGAAACAUUCAGUGGAUCAAAUACAGCUGGAUUAAAGAUGGAGACACUCACAAUCCACACAGAACAACAUCAGCAGCAGAGUUGAGAUUCAGAGCUGAUUCUGUGUCUGUCAGUGGUCGAUACAGCUGUAGAGGAGAGAGAUCAGACUCACAGAGAUCAGACAUCAGUGCUGCUGUUAAACUGACUGUAUCAGAUUUAAAACCAAAGCCUGAACUCAGAUCAGAUACUGCAGGAACUGCACUGACUGGAAACACAGUGACUUUGACCUGUAACACUGAUCUGUCGACCGGAUGGGACUUUUACUGGUACAAAAACACACAAGACUCUGAGAUAAAGACGACAAGAAAAGCUAAAACAUAUGUAAUGAAGAUUAAAUCAGUGUCUGAUGGAGGCCAGUACUGGUGUAGAGCUGGAAGAGGAAAACCAGUCUAUUACACACAAUACAGUGAUGAACUGACACUCAGUGUUACAGAGAGUCCUAAAGCUGUGGUGACGGUGCGGCCUGAUAAACAUGUGUUCAGAGGAGAAACAGUCACUCUCAGAUGUGAGAUAAAGUGGAGAGGAAACACUGAGUGGACAUACAGAUGGCAAAUAGAGCAAACAGACCACUAUAACAAAUAUUAUAACCAGUAUAAUCAACAUAAAAACACUGUGAGCCGAAGCUCAGCACAAGAGUUGAAGAUCAGCCGUGUUGAGGUCUUUCACCGUGGUAAAUACAGCUGUACAGGACAGAUGGACACUCAGAUCUCUCAGCGCAGUGAUGCUGUUGCUCUGACUGUGUUUUCAGAUGAAGCUCAGGCAGCAGUGCGAGUGUCUCCACAGCCGUGGCUCACUGAAGGACACUCGGUGACUCUGAUCUGUGAGGUUCCAGGCUCCUCUACAGGCUGGACGUUCAGCUGGUUCAGAGAUGCUGAUCAUCUGUCAGACAGCAGCAGAGGAGCUGGAGGCUCUUACACUCUCAGUCCUGCUGCUCUACAGCACACAGGAGUUUAUACGUGCAGAGCAGAGAGAGGAGAACCAGCCUAUUCCUCACAGAACAGCAGCGCACAGCCACUGUGGGUCACUGGUGUUUCUGCUUCAGUGCGUCUGGUGCUCAGGCCCAGCAGAAGUCAACACUUCUCCUCUGACUCUCUCUCUCUGAGCUGUGACUCUGCUGGAUGGACAGUGAGAAGAUACACACACACAAACACACAAGAUUGUUCAGCACAAACAGGAUCUACAUGUGGAAUCCAGUCUCUCAGCACAUCUGACACUGGAGUUUACUGGUGUGAGUCUGAAUCUGGAGAGAAACGCCAUCCUCUGAACAUCACUGUACAUGAUGGUGAUGUGAUUCUGGAGAGUUCUGCUGAUCCUGUGAUUGAGGGAGAAACUCUGACUCUACACUGUUUACAUCGAUCUACAAUCUCCUCCAUCCUCACAGCUGAUUUCUAUAAAGACGGAUCACUGAUCCAGAAUCAGACAGGAGAGAUGAGCAUCCCUACUGUCUCAAAGUCUGAUGAGGGUUUCUACUACUGUAAAACAAAGAGCGGAGAGUCGCCGCACAGCUGGAUCUCAGUCAGAGCUUCAUCUUCAUCUUCAUCUCCUCUUGUCAUUGGUGUUUCUGUGGGAUUGACUGUUUUCUUGCUGCUCCUCAUCUUACUGGUUCUGCUGCUGAGACACAAGAAGAAAAGAGAUCAGGACCACAACAUUCAACAAACCAACAAACCAGUUCCAACUCAAUCUGGAGAAUCUCAACUGGAAAACUUUCCUCUACAGUCAGAGCCUGUGUCAGAUGUGACAUAUUCAGAGGUCGUUGUUAAGAAAAAGCAACCCAUGGAUAAAGGGGACACUGUCUCAGAGUCAACUAAUGUGACAUACUCAGAAGUCAGGAAAAACAUGAAGAAAGAUAUUAAUUCUGCAGGACCCAGUGAUUUGAUUUAUACAGAGAUCAACAUGAAGGACGAAAAGAAAACCAAGAGCAAAGGAUUUGGACUUGCUGAUGUUCUGAUGAAAAUGAAAUCUAAGGAGAAACGCAGCGGGCAGAGCAGCGAGUCUGGAGACACUUUAUACUCUGAAGUGAAGCAAAACACAGGCAGAGGUCUCUGAGUGCAGUGAUGAAAACAGACACCAGAAGAGAUGAACACCAGCGCUCGCUUUGCUUCAGAAACUGCUCAUGACAAUAAUACACUGAAUUAUCAGAGACGCAGAUUAGCAAAUACAUUUGUCUCUAACAUUUAUACAUUUUCUACAGGCAGCACUCAACUCAGCUUCUCGAACACUUCCCAGUAUUACAAUGUUCUAAAUAGUGUCUUUGAGGAUUUUGUUGAGAUAUACUGUAUAUAAAUAAAUGUUUGUAGUUUCUCACACAUUAAUAUAUUUUGAUAUGCUGUUUUUUUUCCUGUAAGAGAUUUCUCUCUGAUAAAUAUAAACAUUUAUGAUAUUGUUUGA